AUCAAGAUGCCAAAUUCUAUCUGCGGAGAUGGAAAACAAUCGGGUUUGAUGAGCAUUUUCAUGCGUAUGAAGUUGAAGAAGGCCCUGAUGUGUCCAUUCUAAACUGUGAUGACUUACUGGAUCACCGCCCUUUACAUGUUGUGACAGUAGAAGAUGUAAAAUACAUCGUAACAAGAUCAUCUUAAACAGGAAAUUCUACAUUUUCAUUUUCAUACCUGUACCAAAUGUAAGAUAUUUUGACAUUCUAGCUUUUGAGUAUACCGUUAUGUAUCCAUACUUAAAUGCACAUCGCCAAUUAUGAUCAUUUAACUUUUUUACUAAAUAAUUCAUUGUAUAGUAAUUAGUUAUUUUCUCUUUAUUUUGAUAUAUGAUAUAAUCUUAAUUAUGUGAUUUCUUUAUUUCAGACAAGGGAGCCCACCAAUGAAGCAUCCUCGUCAUGUGGCAACACAGUUAUUCUAUAUUCCCCAUCAUCGACAUCCUCAUCUUCUACUUCCUCAAUUAGCUCUUAUGAAUGUCCCAUGCCUGAUGAGACAGAUAACACAGUACCGUCAAACUUCAAAUUGUCCUACAGCAAGAGUCAAAGUAGUAUUAGCAAGCUCAUUAGUGCAAGAGUUUCCCAGACUCAAGGACAAGGAGGGUGAAGGCUAUGAGGCCUGGUACUGUAGAGGAGUUGGGGGCAAACCAGCUACAGGAUUCAUCGAGGAACGAUUGAGGAAUGUCAGAAAGCGGAUGAACCCCGAAAAAUCAACAAAACGUCUGUCAUCGUCAGGGUCUCCAUCUCUCUCAGCUUCAUUAACUUUGGAAAAAGCUACUCACAGUACCAGUGAUAAUAUUGCUAAGUUGGCCUGGCUAAAACACAACCAUGAACCUGAAAGCCAGGUAAAGGAAUAUAUGAAACAAACAGCACACCUGAGAGCAAUUCAAAUUAAGGAAAACCCAGAUAAAUCCUUAGAGGGAAUUCUCAGAGACCAUCCAAGGUUAUUGGAUAUUGGAAUGAUCGAGCUUGAUUUUAAAGUUCUAUAUGAAGAUAAAGCUGAUCUUCUGUUUGAAAGAUGGGAAACUACAUUUGCCAAUAGAGUACUAGCAUAUGCAGCAGUCCAAAGGCCUGGAUGGAAAAAACUUUUCAACCUAGAUGUUGAUGAUCUUACUGAUGAUGAAGAGAGUGUGAUAGCUUUACAGCUGUUGCCUUUAGUAUUACCUACAAAACCAUUCAAGAAUGGAAAACAAGUAGUGAGACCAUCCCAAAUGGAAGCAUACAGAAAAUUCAUUGAAUUUCUCCCAAUUGGGACUGACUUAAACUAUCACCUGGGAAAAGAUGAGAAUGGACCUCCACAUAUUAUCACUAUUGGAUGCAGUGCCAAGAACCCCACCGAGGCUUUUGUUGCCUUUGAACAAAAUGCCAUCAAAUGUCCAACAUUACUCAAGGCUGUUGAUCUAUGUUUCAAAUCUUUUUACAUCCUUGAUGUUAAUUACCCACGAGAGUGCUAUACGGUCUGGGAAUUUCUGCAAACCGUAGUUUAUGAAAUGGGUGAUGAAAAGAGCUCUCCUCUGAUCAAAUCCCUCCGCAACUUCUUUCUGCCUGAUGAUUAAACACAGUUGACUUAAUAUUUUUCAACGCUGUCUUAUCAAUAAUGACAAAUAUAUCAUUUUCCUAUUUCAUGUUUUACAUUUUCCAUUAAUCAUGGACACUCUUUGUUUGAAAGUAAUAUUGUUGGUGGGCUCACUGCUGUAUUACAGGUAGAUUACAGGUAUAUUGUAUUAUAAUACUGUAUUAUGUAUCCAUGUUUAUAAUGUUUACAUGCAGAGAUAUUUGUUAAUCAUUUCUGAGAAAGUUAUUCAUUUCAUAUUAUAACCCAUCAUUUUGUAUUUUAAUCUAAAUAGCAAAGUAAUAUAUUUUUGUUAACAGUUGGAUUUGAUGAUGGGAAGGUUCUCCCAUUUUUGACUUGCAGGACGUGGACAAAUUACCAUGUCUAGCUCCUUAUUCACUUCAAGGUAAUUUGAAUACCUAUAAUAUAAUAGAAUGUACAGUGUACAUGUAUUUUGUUAUGAUGCGAUUUUGUUUUGCCUGCAAAUAUCAUGAUGUAUGAUAAAUUUGCAUAAUUUUUGUAAUAAAUCGAAUUCAUCCACUUACCCUAUGAAUUUAUGGUUGUUCUUGUAUCUUAUGGCGGUGAGGAUGGUAUUAUGUAUUUGGAUUUAGUCAGCCAAAUUAUUAUUGGCCAGGUAAUUUAUUAUUAACCCAGCAUUUAGUCAAGAUCACCCAAAUUUGGGUAGAGAUUAACCCAUGAGAUGGGUUAUAAAUUAACCCAAACCACUGGGUUGAAAAACUAACCCAAAAUCUUGGGUUAUGAUAACCCAAAUGAGGUUGGUGCUAUGUUGACCCAGCGCUGGGUUAGAAAACAACUAAAUUUGGGUUGAAAAUAACCCAGCCA